UUCUCACUGCACUUGAUGAGAGUUGCUGAAAUUUGCUGGCUGCUGCUCCCACCACAACUUCUCCUUAUUUGGCUCCAGCUGCAGGUACUGCUUACCUACAUCAUACACAAACACUGUCCAACAUUUCCAACGACAUGUCACCCUAGGCUGCAGAUAAACUGUUACAUCAUUGUCGGAGUGUACUGUACAGCACAACCUCCAGAUUUGGGCACACGAACAAGGGGAACAAACCAAUAUUGACGAUCAGAAUGCGCGAAUUAAAUUGUCUCUGUGUGUGAGUGUGUGUUUGUGUGUGUGCGU